CUUAUCUUCGUCAGAUGUUAAUCUACCUGUUCCAUUUUUUUUAAUGAUUGUGAAAAAGGAAUGUAUUUUCAUAUUUUAGCGAUAAUUAAAUGAUUUCUAAACUGUAAUAAAAUAUCCCUUGACUCGUGGUUGAGAUUGGUUGACACAAGUCAUGAACAAAUUUGGAUCUACAAAAAUCUUAGAAAUAGUUUUGUUUCUUCGACGGACUGUCACGAAUGACGCAUGAGAAUGAAAAAUUUUUUAUACUUCAAUUAUUCUCGUUCAACAGUUCUGAAGCACAAUGCUUAAAAUUUGGCAGCUGUCCAAAAAACUCUAGCAUAACGUCAAGCCGGGGAGUGAAAUUGUGAAUUUCUGACUGAAUGUUGGAAUGAGUUACUCAAUGAAUGACAUUCCACUGGAGAGUCAUUUAACGCAAAAAAGAAGAAUGUCUCAUUGUGAAUUAGAGGCGCCUGUUAUGAAUGGAAAGAAAACAAAUGGAGUUGUGACUAGACGGUGGCGUAAAAAUUUGUACGAAACUCGUGGGCUGCCGGAUAAUUACACGGACAGUUCGUUCCUGGAAGAAUUGCGUAAAAAUAUAAACCCAAGUAACAUUACAACCAUCGAGGCUAUAUCGUUCGCGGCGAGUGUGUCCGUCCAACUGAACAUAGUAAUUUUAUUCGUCAUAGUUUUCGUUUGGUUGGACAACGAGUGGAUAGCGCCUAAUGCCAUCUUUGUGUUCAGUGGUAUUCUCACAUUAGCCGGGUAUUUUCUUCAUACUUUUAAGAAGUCCGACAUGCUGGAAAAAAUGUCCAAAGACCUUAGAACUGUCUUGAUAUUUCUUGCUUUUGGCUACAUCUUAUCACCGAUAUUGAAAACCCUGACUGCAACCGUCAGUACUGACACAAUAUAUGCCAUGACAAUAUUUAUGUUUUUGAUACACCUUAUAUUCAGCAAAUACGGCUCCCCACAAGUCUCUUUGUCCGACUCCCUCUCCAUAACUUCCUCAAUUUUUGGCUCGCUGAUGUUAGCAUCCAGACUCGUUUCGCCUCUGCACGCCUUCUCGCUCCUUACCACAGCCGUUCUUUGCUUUGUUCUUUUGCCGUUUGUCAUGUUUCAAAUCGAUGGCAAAGUGUGUAUCACAAUUGUUCUUUCUGCCACUACGACUUAUCUACUUUACGUCAUAUCUUCAACAAUUUCGUGCGUAUUUAUCGGAGUUACCAUAUUUCUACAACUGGUUUGUCCCCUUUGCUAUAUCAGGUGGCAAACUUAUAAAGAAAAUAUUUACGGCCCAUGGGACGAGGCCGUGAUCACGUCUUGAAGAUGUCUAA